AUGUAUCAUCAAAUGGGAUAUGCUAAAUUGAGCAAACCAUCGACACAUCGUAUGUUGAUGUUGCGAACCAUGGUGACACAGUUGAUUCAACACGAACGUCUCAAGACCACCUUACCAAAGGCUAGAGCAUUGUCACGAUUUGCAGACAAGAUCAUAACACUGUCGAAGCGCAAUACCACCAUGUCACAUAAAUUGGCCUACUCGAUCGUCACUGACCGUAGAGUGUUGCCAAAGCUUUUCAAACAACUCCGUCUACGUUUUGGUGAACGUGAUGGUGGAUAUACACGUGUCCUCAAGUGCGGUGUCCGCGAAUCGGACAAGGCACCCAUGGCAUACAUUGAAUACGUCGAAAACGACUUGACCCCUCUUCGCGACAACAAGGCCAACAACGCACGUUACCAUGUCGUCCGUCAACCAGUCGAACAAGGUAUCCAAUUCUCCUACGUACACAAAGAGACUGGUGCCGUCCUCUCCUCUGCCCUCUCUCUCACCAACCGUCUCAAAAAAUUAGAACUAAACAAAAAGGAACAAGAAAUGGAAGAACAAAGAAAAAUCGUCUCUGAUAUCAAAAAGAGUUUCAACAAACAAUAA